UUGUGUUAACUGUGUUGCCGAUUUAUGAGUAAAGUGAGAUGAUCCCUGAGCAAGCUUUUAUCAAGUCAGUUCUAUGUUCGUUCGCAACGAUAUGCUUUGAGUGUCUCCAAUAUCGCAAUUUAGGCACGGCCCUAUAAGUAACACUACCGUGAAAAUUCCAGAGAAACAAACAAACAGAAAAACGUUCACAAAUCGGCUUUUUUUGCAAACGUACUUUAUAUAAGGAACGGUUUUAGAACCCCAGGAUAUGGAGUAUAGAUUUAUGACUCUUGGAUAUAAGGUACGAAUUUAUGAUCAAAGUCAAGAUCGCGGCAUCAGACCCCUGGAUGUGAGGUACGAUUAUGGUUUCAUAGUAACCUCUCUUAUUUCUGUAAAUGUUAAAACUUUAGGGUACGGUGUCGGACUGCGUAAUUACCAAAGUGGCUUUAAGAGAGGUUUGUAGAAGACUAAAUCAGAGGGAGCAGCCAAACACUAACAGCCGAUAUUUCCGCUUGUAUAGGUAUGAAAUAUGCAAAGUCUAUGAACCUCAUGAAACGAAUGGUUUUUAAUUAAUACUGAUUGGUAACAAAAGGUUUCCCAUUCAGGUUAACACCGAGAGCAAUGUUACAUACUAAGCACACUUUCUUCCUGAUCCUGUAAAGUAUUUCCGUCUUCGUUAUUUAAUUUAUUUACUUUACUUUACGCCGUUCUUGGAAAAGUCUUUUCCCAUAGAACGAAGCAAAAUGCCUUUCUCAGAAAGAGUACCGUUCACAAGUAAUUUCAGCUUUUGAACUCUUUGCGUCGGCCAAUUUAGGUUAUCAACUCAGUUAAUAAUACUAAAUUAACCUGUUAAUUUUAAUGUUGUUUUAAAUGUGUUUAACUGAAUGGUUGCUCAAGUACAGUCAGUGAGUGAUUGGUUAUAUAGUGGCUGGAAUCUCUUAAAGAAAUAAUUUCUUACCAUUUGUGAUCACAGGCUCGUCGAACAUUAAACAAGAUAAAUAUAUAUAUAGCACGGAAGUCGCAAUGAUAUCAGACUAUUGAAGAGCUGUGAUCUAACUGACUCUCUUAUCUCAAAUCUUUCAAGUAUUAGUAACACUGCACAGUCGAAUGUUCUGGAGACAGUUUGCAAUAGUGCUCUGUUCAAAAGUGAAAGGUCAUCUUUUCAUCAUUACUGAGAAUGAUUUUUUUCGAUGAUUUUCAAACUCAAUACAGAGGCUUUGCAAUCAUAAGGGUAAGAAGUCAGAGUAGCUUGGAUUGAAGCAAGUUUUAGGCAUAAACAGUAGAACAAAGCAAUAACUGGGUUGAUAUCCGCUCACUGGUAAAGCCAGUUCAAGUUUCUGAGUGUCUGACUCAUUCAUAAUCACUAAUGGCUUUUCACCACUUAAGAAUUGUAUGAAAUAAAGCAAAAUACUGUAUGUGACCUAUAUACUCAUCAAUUAGAAUAAACAAAACCCUUCCACAAAUAUCUUUCAUCUAUAAACUUGUCCUCUGUACGAAUUCAAGUUCACACCGUCUGAUAAAUUUUAUGGCAGAUUUGAAAAUUCGAGUGCUUCGUUAAUCUGCGAACUUAAAAAAAUUACGAGAAAUAAUUUCUUUGUUUAAUUUGUUACAAAUUCACCCACUUAAUCUUGUCUAGAUAACCUUUUUUUAUAUAAAAAAGUAAGUUAAGACCUUUAGAACUUAUCAAACUGUGCUGAAAUGCCCGCAGUUUGGUCUUGACACCAAGCUUGGAAACAUAGGGCGGCAUCAAGUGUUCGCUUUGGCAGUUCGUUGGCGUGCUAAAACCAGGAGUUCAAGUUGUGUGCAAUGAAAACACAACACUACUGUGUCCUCCAAAAGGUUAGGGCUAAUUUCUGUGUCGCCUGUGAGAAUUUUUAUUUUGCAUAACAAUCGGCACGAUAUAAAAACUGAAUGAGCUUUUCCACGCACGCAGAUACAGAAUUGUUCCUCAAGGCUCCCAACACUUGCACUAACAUCCUGCUUUUAAAAUCAUUCACUUACGUACCGCUAAGGCGGCAGGCUUGUUCGUGUGCGCACGAACUUAAUCCUUGUCUAAGCGUCUCAGACACUCUCUAUAACGUUACGAACAUAGAUCAUGAUAAGAAAAGUCAUCUUAUUUUAUCGCGUUUUUUACACUCUGUAGAUGAAGCAGAAUUUAAUAUGUAGGGUGCUGCCUUUGAAAUACUCUUUAAUUUGGUUGAAGCGCUUCGUUGGCCGAGGACACAUACAAUCACGUGCGUUGGAUGAAAGCACGAUUAAUUCUACUCAAUUUGCACAAAAAUGCGUCUGUUUUACUCAAUUGCCUCGUGAAGGUAUGCUAAAGUCCAAAUUGUCAAUGGAGCUUUGUGAAUAUCUGUCUUCUCGAUUAUGCAUACUUAAAAACGAGGAUAGAAUUUUUAUAGGAAUUUUUUCUAAGUUGUGUUCUACAGAUCACUCCGUUUAAUGUUUUAGGUAUAUUAAUAAGGGAGCUAAAUUUAGUUUUUAUAUUUCCAAUCAUCAAAUCUCUAAAAUUGUAACCCUCUUGUAAAGUGUAUGUGCCUCAAGUCAAGAUUUUUUCUGGAAAUCAAUUGUUUCGUUCAACUACUUGCAUUUUUGCAUCUGUAACAAAAGUAGUUUGCUCUUUUCAAAGAAUGUUUUGACUACAAAGAUAAUUCAAAUCGAUUGGCCAGUCACAAUAUUGUCUCAGUUGUGUCAGUGAGAACUGCAUUUUUAUAAGGAUGUGGACAGGCUUGGAGUAGUUAGGUACGUAAAAGUCAUUUUUUUCUUCAAACUAUAAACUACUGGCACAACUUAGUCAACUCAAACUUGUCCAGAUUAUCCAAAAAUUUCAGACGCUUUUUUCGACGUGUUCUUUUCGUGAUAGAACGUUUGAUCAUGUGUUCCGUACGUGGUGGAAUGAGAUAGAGUGUAAUUACAGGUUAACUGAGGCCAAACCGGCCGCAAGGGAAGAACUGUUCGACUAUUUUCCCAAAGAAAUGUUAUUGUUCACGCUGAGAAUUAAUUAUUGAUAUUGCUCCAAAUAUCACACCUAUUUCAGCGAUCACAAAGACAGUAAAUCAGAGGUGGAGAUGACGAGGUUCAUUUCAUCUAGGUAAUUUCUUUGAGAUAAAUUUAGAAUUUGUUGCUGAUACUGCGCGAAUAACGAAACAGGUAAUCUUUCCAGGAAGUUUUCGGCGAUGUUUCAAGCGGACUGCUUUACUUGGACUGACUUUCGUGGUUGCUUCUUUUUUCUAGUAGAUUUGAUAUGUUACAGCCACUUAUCUUCAGAAGGGCCGUAAGAUCAACCUUAGAUAAGACAUUGUCAAAUUUUUGCUUUUGUUCAGUUUAGUUACGUAACACAUCGGUACCCCAAAUACGGACAUCGCGCCUUUAAGUAAAAAAGACUCUUUUGGUGUCUAAUCACCUCAGUCUUCUACGGGAUGGUGCAGCUGAAGACCAGUUCCUCGUAAGUACUCAUGAUCAGGAAAUUUCAUCGGACAGGAAUACGAGAAAGUUUCCAUAAAAUUCAUUCCGGUUGACGACCAUUCUCGACCUGGUUGCCAUAAAAGUCUGUCAAUGGCUUUUAACAAUAUUACUUUUAAUUGCAAAUUAUUUGUAUCAACGAUUUGAUAAAAUAAGAUGAACUGUUCCUCUGACUACUAUUUUGCUCCUAAGCUAAAGAAAGUUUCACUGACAUUCGCCGGAAAUUGGGCAUAAUUCUGUCAUAAUUUGUAUUCUGUUAAUUAAGAAAGACGCAUAUACCAAUCGUAUACACAAAAGAAAUUUGUUUCGCUUGAGACUGAAAGCAAACCGCUCGCGUGAGGUUCUAACAAGAUAUUGCCUUGCUUUCUGCUAAUACUGCAAGUUUGCGGUGUAGGAAAAGGUAAUAAAUCUCGUUUAAACUUUUCUGCGGUCUAUAGUGGUCGGGAAAUUUUGUGAGAGCCUUGAGUUAAUGGAUUCUCAAAACCGCUUUAAGUGACAUAAAUAGACACAGGUAAUUUAUAAGACUUAGCAAAUAACCGUUAUGACGCCUUAAUAUCUAAAAACAAGUCUUAACAACUCGUGCCUUGACGAAUUAAUGGCUCUUCGAGUCUGUAAUUCGCGUGCACGAGCCGGAAAUUGAUAAAGUUUACGAAGUCUAAACAAUGAUUUUGCGCUUCAGGGCAAAAAUGCAGAUUAGCACGCGCGUACAGCAGGUUGUAGAAUCACGGCACGUGAAGUGCUUUCUGUUGAGGCGGUAGACAAUCUAUUGGAUGAAAUUCUCGGUGUAUCAUAAAUCCCUGUCUUUAGGAAUAUAGGAACUGAUACCAUUUUCUCACUUCCUUUCUGUCACACAAACCAUAUGAAAGUGUUGAAUUCACUUCCGGUUCACUUAGUUACCGGUCACGAACCAAUAAGAAUCGAAUCUUCGCGAGAAGUUUCACUUGAGCGUGUGAACAAAAGGCUUUGUAAACCAAUCACACUUACCUACCACAAAGCUCUUUGACAGGCGACAAAAAUCACGAUUUUUUUGUGUGUUUUGUCCAUACAAAUAUUUAUUAGCGCGCCAAGAGGUGUCUCUCUCCAUCAGACAGUACAAGUCGUCAAAUAGAUAAGUACACCGCAAUAAUUUGACGCCUAUCACUAAUAAGAUUGUUGCUGAGGGGCCUGAGAAUGACUUCAGUGCGUCAGUUAAAGUAAAGGUAAAAUAUAUUUAAAAAGAUAUUGUCACAACUAGCGACGGCAAGUCUGGAAAAUUGACUUAAUUUCGCCCAUCACGCGAUAGGGAAGUUUCGGUGACAGCGAAAAAAAUUCCCUUUUUUUGUUUUCAUAGAUGUUAGUGGCAAUUUAACAGAAAUUUGACGGUCGAAGACAUGGAUGGUACCUGUAUAAAACUCGAAGAGGAAAGUAUUUUGGAUAACCGUACCCCAAUGGAUGCUGUUACCACGCAGCGUGACAUGACAGUGAUAAAUUCCUCGAAAGAGAACGACCACGUAGUGGGAUCAUCGAAAAACAGCGAGAUUCAAGGUACAAUCGGAAGCGCCGACUGUAGCGAUCAUUCGUUUGCUGACAAAAAGAGCACAUCUAGCGAAGACCCACUUCUCUCCUCGUCGGCUGUCGCGCCCUUAAAGGACGGGUGUACCGACUUGACUGAAGAGGAUGAGUGUAGAAUUUGUCAAAGUAGAGGAGAAGAAGUUUUAAUCAGCCCGUGCAAAUGCGCUGGGUCUGCGAAAUGGGUUCACGAGAGUUGUCUGGUAAAGUGGUUCCAAAUUUCCCAAACGACCUCGUGUGAGCUGUGUUCACGAUUUGUGGUUAUCAGGAAGCGGACAAAACCGUUUCAGCAGGUAAGCGAUGCAUUUUUUUUUUAUUAAGAAACAAAUAAUAUCUAUUUGAAUCCCGACACAUGGUUCCCACGUUUUGUUAGCUUUUAAUAGACUUUGUUAUAUGCAAGAGGCCAACUAAAACAUUAACAUCGUUUGAAUAUUAUUUAUGCCAGUUUCUUUGUUUAUAUUCUCACGCCCGACUGGUUUUCUAUCAUCACAAACCUCGCGGAUCAUCCAAUUUCUGUGUUGUCAUACAUUAGUGAGUAUAAAUACUGUUUGUCUUGUAAUGAUUAUCAAAAUAUUAAUUUGACUUUGCCACCGGAAAUUUUCUAAUGGCAAGUCGCGGUGAAUGCAAAAGAAACUUCAAAACCACUGACUCGAACCCGUUGAAUAUAUAAUACCCGAAAUGGUUUUUUAUUCUUUUUUCGGAAAACUGGCUGGCAUCCAUUACUCAUAGUUAAGUGGGCAUAGCGUACCAGUAUUGUAAUUUUUUGUUGAUAAAAACGUAAAUUUGAUUGGGUAACUCUUUGAGUAUAAAGCAACGAUGUGAAAAUCGAAUAUUGCUAUCGUAAACUGCUUCAUAUUUGCAGUUUAAGUAAAUUUAGAUUUUAUAGAAAGCUUGCAGUUUAGUCUAUGAAAGAUUAUUCAGCAGUAAGCUUUCGACAGAUGAGGCUAUAAACGACGUCUAAAAUCUUGCCAACUGAUUUAUUGAUGAGCAUUUUAAACAGUUUUCACUGUUGGAAAGAGGCGCGAUUGUUGUUUCAAAUAGAAAGAUUGCAAUUAAACGAGAAGCUAAAUAAUUGAAAACUAGAAAAAAAAGUGAGAAAUUUGGCAGUUGUGACUGUAGUUUUUGCAACCUUCAAAAAAAGAAAAUAAAAAAAAAACGAAUAGAAUUACAAUGAUUUAAAAAGUUCAAAUAUUAAUCACUUUCUUUGCAUCCAAAAAAAAUCUUUAUCUUUUUACCUGUCCGAAAAUAAAUUUUAACUUUUAUUUUGUGCCAGAAACGCUCAAAAUUAUUUCUUCCACCCUUGAAAUGAUUGUUUAUUUGGAAUUUGUCCAAAUUGUAGUAAUUAGUCGGACUGAAUAUAAUAUCAGAUAAGUCCAAUAAUAGAUGUUUGUUUUCGGUGCAGUUAAAAUACUUAUUUGACCCUUAAGCGUUGAAUCCUGCGGUUCACUGAUGAGACAGCCCUUCAAGAAAUCUUCUGUAAUUUCGGAAAACCAUUUGUUCGGAUUCGAACCUAUAACUUUUUUACCAUACCGUGACGAAGCCAACCCAGAUCUCGACUUCGAAUUGAAUUAAAUUAAACCUUCGCUUCAAAGAGAAAAAAGGGAUUCAAUAGAGAAACUUGCUGCACCGUGGUUUUGUUUUUUUUUUUUUCUAGCCGCGCAGUCUCUGGCGCGGAUUCAACCUUAGACGUUUCGAAUUGGCAGCCCCUAAGAAGCGCGAGGAAAAAAAUCCCUGAACUCACUAUAAUCCCUUCAUUUACAUUCACUAAAUUCUCCAUAUAAAUUUUUUUUUUUUGGUGAAAUAGGUUUUAAAUGUCAAUUUUCACUAGAAAUGCUUUUAAUCAUAAUUUUUCCCCUUCAGAUGUUUGUUUGCAUUGAAUUUUUUUUCGCGAACUUGUAGAGGGUCCCCAAAUUGUAUUUUCAUGUUAACAUGGCCUUACUAAUUUAGGGGUAUUCUGAAGCUCAAAUGGUAACUAAAGAAACCGAUGGUGAGAGGUUCGAUUCCACGAGGGAGAUACAGAGUACUCUUUGUCUCUUUGAAGCGCGAAAUCCCAAGGUCUAAAAUUCGAUUUCUCGCGGGGCGCCAAGUUUUUUCCUUGUUCCGCCCUUUGACGUACAGUAGUAGAGCUUCGCGCCGCGAGACCAUUGGUGUGAUGCUUUAGUCCUCGAGAGGUUGACCUCUUUCUCCCGUGCUUGAGAAAAAUGAAUAACGAACAUCCCUCGAAGACCGAGUACAAAUUUCGCCAUCUUUCAUUACCUAUCUAAUAUAUAGAUUUAGGCAAGCCUAAAAGCGGAGCUCGCAUUUUUUUUUCCCACACGGCUCUUCGACAAAACUAAACCCCUACUAUGGAUAAAGUGCGUGGUAUAUUAAUCAUUCGCAACUUCUCCGUGUCCGUGUAGAGGACUGAUUAUAAGAUAGUGCCCGUGGUACAGUUGGCCGCGUAUGCUAAAAGUAGCACCUUGCACGGUCGUACGGUCGUACAUCCAAAUUUUUUCGGCUUGAUAGGUUACUACUAUUUUGUAUAAUUAUGGGACUACGCUUUGCGAGCUCCGCUAUUAAACUACAAUUUUAAAACUUUUAUUUUUCCUGGACCUGCUUGUGAGAUUUGAGCGAGUGUAACUAUCAUAUUGUGCGUCGAACUUGAAAAGACUCGGUGUUAAAUGUAAUGUUAAGGUUUCCAAGAAGUGUUGGUGGAGUAACACGUGUUUGUCUCUUACUGAUCACGCGCUGUAGACUACUACCGUUAGUUGUAAAUUGCUUGGAGAUUCUAGUUCAAGGUCAAAGCGGGCGACUAUUUGCGGGGAAAAAAAAGAGAUAGGCGUAAUUUUUGUAUUAAAGUAUUCAGAAGUACUCUGACGGUUCUAACUGCCACAGCCGAUAGUCAAUGUUCACUAUUUAUUUGAUACAGAAGAAGUGCAAUGCUCAAGUACUUUUAAGCUUGGCUACUGUAAAGAGCUUUUUUCGAUUGAAAAUAUUAUCAUUCUAAAAGAUAAGAAGUUGUGGGCCAAGAUCACCGACAGCGAUUUUCCAACAGCUUUAGAUGACCUUUUGCCACCAGAGCGAACAAUGGAUACGCUACGUAAGAGGCGCCAUAAUUAUAUUCUCCCGCUUGUCAGAACUGAACGUUUCAAAAGGACCUUUAUUAAUAGAUGUUUGUUCUCUUAUUAGUUAUUCAGUUAGUAAUUUAGUUAGUUUAUUAGUUUUAUACUUGCUGAUUUCAUAUCAUUGUAACUAAACACGUUUGUUGUUUAGAGUGCUUAAUAAAGACUUAUUAUUAUUAUUAUUAUUAAGUAAAGUGGCUCUGGGCAUUUGAGCUUCUAGCGUCGCCAGGCAACAUUUACAUAUAAAUAGCGUCUGUUUAUUCACGCGUAAGGACAGGGGUUUGUAAGUGUGUCGCAUGAAACCAAGGAAACCCUCUAGGGAGGCUUGAAUGCAAUUUGUAACCGAACAUUCUACUGUGGCUCCGACCAAAUGUAUCUGUUUUGGUCACGGAAAAAAAAUAUAUGCGUAAUAAUAUUUAUCUCAUACAUACUGAGAAUUACUCCUUGAAGUACUCUUGUUUGUGUCUCUGAUUGGACGAAAGAUGUACAUCCACAGUCGUUUGCUAGCAUUGAAAUGUGAAAUUAAAUUAGUAUGCAUGAAAUAAAAACAUCGCACCAUGGAAAUUGCUUCAACGAUUUUUAUUCACUCGUUGCAAUGCAGCGAAAAAAAAAACACUCGUUUACUGUGCUCACUUGUAAUUUUUUUUGAUGCAUCUCAAAUCGAUCGUGAAUAAAAAUCGUUUGUGCGAACUUUCCAUGGAAUAAUCUCUAUCACUUGCAGUAACGUUUUCGUUUUCAAAUUUCUACAAUAACUCGUUUUUAUUUGAAAACGCGUAAGGUUUGAUGCGUUUCCGACUAUCGACCAAUUACAACCCAACCCCCCCCCCCCACCCUUCGAGCUCCUCAAUUUCACCAGAAUUUGAUGGGCUUCUUCAAUAGUGUAAAAUUGUAGGAAAGGACGCAUCAAAGAUUUGUGAACAAAUAUGCUUUGUUAAGAAUUGCGUUUGGUAGAAUAAGCCAGAUCUUAUUUAAAACAAUGGUUCAGGAGCAAGGGUUUCGGGCGAGAGAUUACAAAAUAAUCUCUUGUUUCGGAUGAAUAUGCAAAUUUUACGGGCUCCGACGACUGUAGGAGGUAACUCCAGUCUUAACAAUGCAAAUUGGUCAGUUAAUUAGACGAGAAGAUGGUCGGGAGGUUUUUAAAUAGAGUUCGUGCUCACUGCUGUUGAAAUUCGUUCCUUGGUAGUCUCGUGUUUACACUAAAGUCUCUUUUACCACACUUGUGCAAAACAACCAUUUUUUUGUACUUCUGACAACGUCCGACCGCUUGGAACUACGAUAGGCUGAUUCAAAUUUGAUUACUUCGCUAUUUUUCUGCCGAAAAUACAGUGCGAAAUAUUACACUGUUCAUGUUUGUUCAUUCUUUCCUUCUAUUUUUAUCUUUCUGACAGUGGCGCAUACCCCGCGAUGGACUGGGACCUUGCAGUCGCUUGGAUCUCUGGUACUUGUUUGUCACAAUAUUUAGUAUUUGCACCAUUUUAGGAUUUGGUAUUUUUCAAAUGUUAGUCAAGUCCAAGGAGCCGGAAACAACUGCAGUGUUUGCCGCUAUUUAUGCUCUUUGUGGAAUAAUGAUCCUCUUGAGAAUUCACUACUUCUACGUGUGGUUCACUCGACGAAGCAAAUUUUGGCGGAAGUGGAAAACUGAGAAUCGAGUCUGGACUGUGGCCUCUCCUGGAACAGUUCUGAAAUACAACGAAGAGGGUACAAUUGUAUGAGAGUUCUAGUUCUUUUAGAUCGUGUGAUUUUCUUAUAACGUCCGCAAAACUCUUUGUUGCGGAACACAUGGACACAAAGAUGUCACAAACCAAUCUUACCUCAAUGUAUUUUGGAACCUCAAUUUCUUUAGAUACUGAUCAAGCUGACAGUUUUUUGUCUUAGGUUUACAUAUUUUCCGAGAAAAUCGUUGUUAAUUCAUGUUAAAAUUUUGAUGAUUCCAAUGAUAUUUGGAAGAAAAAAAAAGAAAAUUGUUCGCUUCAAUUUAAAGAGAGAAAUCGCUCAAAGCUGUUAAGGGAGAAGGUUCCUUUUAGGGCGCUUACAAUAAGGUAGAAAUGACUAAGCGGAUCAGUCGAUGAAAUUGCUGCUUCAUUCACUCAGCCUAAAUUUUGUUGGUUCAAAUAGGAAAAAGAUCCUACCUGGUCUUUUGCAGUUUUCUUUCCUCAAACACUGCUUGAGGGUGCUGCUUGUUUGGUCUCGUUAUUAGAGUUCUUGAGAAAAAUAUAAACGAGGCCGACUAGAGUGUUACCUGCUUAUUUUUGCGAGAUUAUAAAAUGCAUUAUAUCCUUUCUUUGUUUUUCUGUCAGUUGAGGAAGACAAGUUCCGAUUUUCGUGAUUCAUUAUUUUCUAUUUUGUGAACCGUGCCACAGACCCUAUUUAGCGACCAUCGUUGGGCCCGUCCCGAUUGUGCUUGGCAACUUUUGAGAAAUUUAAACUUUUGGUGUUUGGAGCAACCUCUUGCAGUUUUAGCAACUUCGAGCAAUUUUUGCUUUUCUGAGCAAUUCUUGAGCAAAAGAUAGCAUUAAAGUACUUAUCAAGCGUGAAAUAGGAAACGAUUUCAAGAAAAACCAACAAAUAGCCUAUCACGUGACAACAAUUCCCAGGCCUAUUGCGAUCUUUAUCGAAUCUUAUGACAUAAUUGGUUGAAAUGACGUUGGCAGGACUUCACAUGAACCUUUUGUUUUCUUCCGUUUGACUGAAGUAUCGUUACAUUUCGCCCACAUUUGCGAGCAACUCUUUAAAGCUAAGUUUCAAGCUAUUUCUCUUGUCCAAUUUUCAGCAAUUAUUGUGAAUAACGAAAAAGAAAGCUAGUAAUCAACGUUCAUU